AUGAUUGAAGUGAGCUUUUUACCUGCAAGUGAUAGAAGAUCAAUUCCAACUGGUUGUCCAAGUAAUUUAACUGUUACAACAAUUAGUUCUACUGCUUUGUUGUUGUCUUGGGAUAAAGUUGAAUAUUCAUUGAGGAAAGGGGUUAUAAUAACAUAUUUAUAUACAUGCUACAGCACUGAAAAUAGUAUUUCAAGCAAUGUUGGCUAUAACACUUUUAAUGUAGCAGUAAAUGAUCUUGUUCCAGAUACCUAUUACAAUUGCUCUGUGGUAGCUUGUACCAUAAUGGGUUGUGGUCCACCAGCAAUUAGGAUAAUAAAAACAUUGGUGGGAAACAUUCAUAUGGAUAGUUCCAUUGAUGGAUUUGUCGAAAAAGAUAUUGUAAACAUAUCUCUUCAAUUAAGCGGGAACGGCUUUAAUGUAACAAUAGAAUAUUUCUUUCCGUUAUUUGUUACCUUAACUUCUGAACGUGUUCAAAAUGGAUUCAUAAAACUAAACUCUGCUCAAUUUAAGUAUAUAUUUUCUGGAUACUUCAAUACUAAUGGAGCAAAUAUACACAGCAUUACAUUGAAAGUAAACAAAAGAAAUUGUUUUAGAGACUUUUUAAUUGAAAUUCCGGUGAGGCUGAGUUAUCAAAACAAACUUGGUAUAUUAAGAGUUGUUACAAUGGCAUAUCAAAAAAGUUUUACUUGUUUAUAUAAAGUUUUACCUAAAAUACCAAGAGAUAAAAAUGCUCUUUCAGAAUAUUAUGGACGCGGAAUCUAUAUAGACAAUGAAAGGUUUGAUCUUUACUUUUGCGUGAAUCAACAUGUUGAAAGUAUAGUACCUGCAUGCUAUUAUUCUAAAAUACAUGGUGGUAAUAGUUUAUGGACAGACUUAGAUGUUCGUGUAGGAUGUGUGUUGGGUCAUCAUUUAGUUACAAAAGAGCUAUGGGCAAUCCAUCGUAAUCAGAAAUCAUAUUUAUAUUUUCAUGGAUUUUACGGAAAAUGGUUGGCUGUGAGCAAAGGAGACAAUAUAGCUGCUAGUAAUUUUAAUAAAAGUAUGAGAAUGAGUUUAGAAGAUGAUGAAGAUCAAGUUUAUACUUUUGGAUUGAAUCAGUGGAUGGGAAACGCUGAGGGAUUGUUUUAUCGCAACGAUUCAUUGAGCUCAUGGUUGCAAAAAGUCCGAUGGACUAUAUAUACAAUCUUCACAAAAAGAGAAGAUUAUGGUUUUCUCAUAACGAUCAAGUAUGACCCUACAAUUACAGACAACGAACUACCUGAAAAGUUAACGCCGUAUAUUGAAAACAUUAUUUCUGGAAAACAUACAAUAUAUGAUUUUGAUAAAUCAAUCGAAGAUGGUAGACGAUUGUUUAGAGUCAUAUUUAAAGUUGUGGUCAGAGACAUACCACACCAUAUUGAAAUAAAUUGGUGUGAAGAUUGUAUUAAACUUUGCUGGAAAGGAGUUUUUAUGAAGAAACUGUAA